UAAUAGCUGUCUAAAACAAAAUAAAACCUUCCAUUUCCAUGAGACUUGGAAAGCGAUCGAAGUAGACAGAGAGAGAGAGUCUCUUCUUCUGCGAUCUGAUCAUCUAGCUCGCUAGUCCUCAGCGAUGGCGAUUCUGUACGCGGUGGUGGCUCGUGGGACGGUGGUUCUGGCGGAGUUCAGCGCCGUAACGGGAAACACCGGCGCGCUGGCUCGGCGGAUCCUCGAGAAUCUUCCGACGGAGGCCGAUUCCAGGCUAUGCUUCUCUCAGGAUCGAUACAUUUUUCAUAUUCUCAGAAUCGUUGGCCUCACCUUCCUCUGUAUGGCAAACGACACCUUUGGCAGGAGAAUACCUUUCUCAUAUUUGGAAGAUAUUCAUAUGAGAUUCAUGAAAAAUUAUGGCAAAGUAGCCCAUUAUGCACCUGCUUAUGCAAUGAAUGAUGAGUUUUCAAGGGUCUUGCAUCAACAAAUGGAAUUCUUCUCCAGCAAUCCUAAUGCAGAUACCCUCAAUCGUCUGAGAGGCGAAGUUGGUGAGGUACGAACUAUAAUGGUUGAUAACAUAGAAAAAAUAUUGGAGAGAGGAGACCGGAUAGAGCUUCUCGUUGACAAAACGGCAACAAUGCAAGAUGGUGCAUUUCACUUCAAGAAACAGUCUAAGCGUCUCCGACGAGCUCUUUGGAUGAAAAACGCCAAGCUAUUGGCCCUCUUGACAUGCCUGAUAGUUCUGUUGCUGUACAUAAUCAUCGCUGCUGCCUGUGGCGGCAUCACCCUACCUUCCUGCAGAUCUUGACUGGUCAUCAUCUCGGGGGUGUCUAAAUCUCUGCAGAAGGUGUGCAACAAUGACUUUUGAGAUGAUAUACGUCAGUUUAUAACAGUGGUUUUCAGUUGCUUGAUCAUCCAAAAUUUUAAGGUCCACAUGGGAAUAUAAUAUCUGUACAUUUAAGGGUCCAAAAAUGUCUGUAGAUUUGUCUUGACGUGUUUGUGCUUGGGUGAAUAGCAAUUAUUUCUUUUGGGAAGCUUGGUUAGUUGUUUCCGCAAUAUUGCAUGCCAUCUCUGGUAUUCUUUGAAAGUGCGCGGCUAUUUGGUAUAUUAUGUUGUAUCAAUAAAUAAUUACUUCGUUUUGUAUUAAUAUAUCAAGUGGACGGGUUUGGUUUUUGUUAAAGUAUAAAAAUUAUUGUUGACUCA